GGUGUUGGAAUUGGAAAAUCGAACAGGAAAUCAAAAUCGUUCCUUCUUCGUUUAGUUUUCGAGGGAGGGCCGUCGCACGGGAGUGUGAACGAACGAGAUGGCGGACUGCAGAUACCAGAUUUCGCAGUGCGCAUACAUAAAGCUUGUCCUUCACGCUCUGAAGCACGCCUCCUCUUCAGUCAACGGUCUACUCGUCGGCCGGCUUGUAGAAGGUGGCGGAGGCGGCGGAUCUCCCACCGUGCAGAUCUCUGAUUCUGUCCCUCUAUUCCACUCACAGAUCGGCAUCCUUCCUUACCUUGAGCUUGCCCUGAUCCAGGUCGAGGAGCACUUUGCGUCUGAUGGAUUGGGUGUUGUUGGGUACUACCACGCCAACGAGAGGCAGGAUGAUACCGAGCUUAGUGGUGCCGCCAAGAAGAUUAGCGACCACAUCUUUCGAUACUUCCCGCAGGCGGCCUUGCUUUUGUUAGACAGUAAAAAGCUGGAAGGAUUGCCUAAAGGGAAGGGACGCGAUCCUGUGUUGCAGUUGUUUACGAGGGAUUCCUCGAAAAGUUGGCGGUCUGCUGGAUCUGGAGGAAGCUCUCUGCUGACCACCAAAGAAACUUCAGCCAAUAUAGUUUUAUUGGACUAUAUAUCUACUGAGAAGUGGAAUGAAGUCGUGGACUUUGAUGAUCAUCUUGAUGACAUUAGCAAGGACUGGCUGAAUCCCAAUCUCUUCAAGUAGGCUUAUGGUUAUGUCUGGAACCCUCUGGUGAUCUUCUUUUAUCGAAUUGCUUCUAUGUUGGACGGUUGUAUUCUGAAUAGUAAAGUGAUUAUAAGUUGCAGCUAAUAAGAUUUUAUUUUGAUUUAUUUUCC